GCCCAGGCGUCCCCUCGGAGCCCCCCGGGCCGCCUCCCUCCCUCUGGCUCCGGAGAAGAGCAGGAACCCGCCGGGAGGGCCGGGGACAGCGGCGGAGCCCCGCCGGCAGCGGCCGGGACGAGGAACGGGAGGAGGCAGCAGCCGCGGGGUCCUCUGUGCGCAGGAUGGGGGCUGUGCCUGCACGGCCCAGGACAGGCUCCCUCCUUUCUGCGGGCACAAGUGCAGCAUCCAGCACAUGAAGACAAAACACCGGAAUUAAGCCGUACGGUAAAGACAGAUCAGGUUUCAGAGGAUGCACUUGUGCAGAUGAAGAGCGAAGCGGCCAGCCCAGAGAUGAAGCACUGUGCCCUGUGACAUUUAUUUUUGCUGGUUUCACCACUGGAGGAUGGCUGCCAGACUCUGUGAAAAUGGUUCUGGUCAGUACCACUGCACCCACGUCAGCCAACCUCUUGAAAUCAGCUACAUGCUGAUCCUGAUUAUGCUUGGAAAAGUCUUCCUUGAUUUCUUCAUGUUGCAAAUUAAGCCAAGACCUGUGAAAGUCAGUUUUAUGGGAUACUUCUGCAUUUCAGUGGCACUCCUCGAUUUCACACUGCUGCUGAGCAUGUGUUUCAUUUUCUGUUUUGAGGACUUCGCACUCUGGGGCGUGCGAUUCACAGAGUACCACAUCUGCCUCAUCACUCAGAUCUCCUCUCUGACCUACGGCAUUUUGCCUUGCCCCGUGUAUCUCGUGGCUGCUCUGGAUUAUUACACCACCGUCUCCCAAACACCCCAGUUCCCUACAAGAGCUCGGAAGUUACUUUAUGGAUUUGCUGUGGUGGUUAUAUGGAUUUCUGGGUUUUUUUGCACUCUCCAAGUUCCUGCUGUCUCUGAAGAGCUGGAGAUACAGAACAGUGUUUCCCCUUCCCAGUGCCCUCUCUCUGGCAGCCGGCAGAGCUCCUCAGUGUCGUGGGCCAUGGUGCUGCUGCUGGGCACAGCUCUCCUGGCUUGCUGGAAGGAGGUGACAACCAUGCUGCUUUCUGCCAGGCUCCUCUCCUUUUCCAGCCAGCCUGUGCUGAUGUUCCCCUACGUGCCUAACAACAACACUUGCUUUAAGUGGCAGCUCCUGAGCAGGCUCCUCCUGUGUUUCCUUGGCACUUGGGCACCGUUUGUUGUUCUCCAGGUGGCGGUUCUGUUCCUGGGUGUGCAGAUCCCAGCCUAUGUGGAGAUGAACGUGCCCUGGCUGUGCUUCAUCAACAGCUUUCUCCUGGCAGCAGCCUACUGGUGCCGGUGCCACGAUGUGGAGCUGACAGAGGAGGGGUGGUGCACAGACCCCUUUGUCAGCUGGAAAUUCUGCUUUAUGCCGUUCAACAAUGAAAGCACAAAGCCAGCUGAUAAGCCAGGCACAGUCAUUGUCAUCUGUUAAUGAACUGCCGACUGAAAAGGCUGCAAAGAAGCAGAACUCUGGUGCCGAGUGGCCGGGUCCUUACAGACAACACAAGGAAACAUCUCCAGAGCUUCACUCCAUAGAAACAAGUCCAGUGUCCAGCAAUACUUCAGUAAUAUUGCACUGCAAGCCCUGCCAGGCCAGGAAAUUCAACUUCAAAUUACAUGCUUAAAAAAAUACUGCUUAUACAGGACAAGUUUUCAGUUAAACUUGAUUUUUGUGACUAGAAUUCUACACUUCCUCUAAAUGGAAUUAUCUCAGGUUUUACAGUACAGAAUGCAAUGAAGUCUGGAAGGCUGGAGUUACAUGCAGAUGCUGACCUAAGGUUCAAAUGAGUUUUUGAAGUGUAUUUUGUUGUUAAAAUGUGAAUUUUUGUCAGUUUGAUGGAAGGUAAGGGUUGCUGUCUGUUUAAUAAAAAAUAACUUGUUUUAGUUUUAGUU